GCUACAGACAAGCUCUUUGAAAUCGUUUGCACGGACUGUUUGAUCCAGUAGCAAGGGUGUGUUGUUGUCGUGGACUGGGUGACAACUUUAUGUCUUACAGAAAUGGCCGGAAUUAAAGCUCUGAUCAGCCUGUCCUUUGGUGGGGCCAUUGGACUCAUGUUCCUGAUGCUAGGAUGUGCCCUUCCAGUGUAUGAUAAAUACUGGCCCUUGUUCCUCCUCUUCUUCUACAUCCUCGCCCCAAUCCCUUACGGCAUCUCCCGGAGAAUUGUUGACGACACAGACUCGGCAAGCAACGCCUGCAAAGAGCUGGCUUUAUUUCUCACAACAGGCAUAGUGGUUUCAGCUUUCGGCCUGCCAAUAAUUUUCGCCAGAGCCGAUGUUAUUGCCUGGGGAGCAUGUGCGCUUGUGUUAACAGGCAAUGUAGUGAUCUUCGCAACCAUUCUGGGAUUCUUCUUGGUCUUCGGAUCAAACGACGACUUUAGUUGGCAGCAGUGGUAAAAUUGGGAGCGUGAGGUGGGGGACUAAGUCUGAACUGUUUAUAUUACUAGAAUUGUUAUUAUUAUUGUCAUUAUGAUUACUAUUAUUGUUGUUUGUUGUAUAUUUAUGACCGCCCAUCCACAGACACAUUAAACCAGUGCAAUAAUUUGAUUUAACUGUCAUGCGGAACGUCAGACUGACUUCAGGUGGAUGUGCUGACUUUCAUAUGUACUUUUUGUUUGCUCCAUAUUUGAGUCUUCUCCAUUCAUGUACUGUACAGGCGUAUCUUUUGAGAAUCAAAAUCUUUAUAAUGUUGAAAUCUAAAAGUCCAUCUUAUCUGUAAAAAUGUCAAACUUAAUGUAAACCUGGACUCAGAUUGACCUAUGGGAGGGAUUGUGAUUGUCUGAAAGGUGGAAGCUUUUCCUGUGACAAAGAUAUCUAACUGACAAAUGUUGUUACUCCUUUGGGAUUGACGGUGUACAAUAGCGUGCUGGUCAGUCUUGAGGAAAGUUUCUCCCUCCAAGUGCAGACAGCACAGGAUAUUUUGUAUGGAGUAUGUGUUGUUUUUGAAGAGCAUAUUGAAAGCUGUGAGCUUUAGUCUCUCAGAUUGAAACCUUUCAAUACUAACGUACAUACAGCGUACAUUGAUAUAAUACAUUAUACAAUGCACUGUCACCUAUUGCAGUGAUCAAUUCUAAUGACUCAGCUAUUCAAAUACGUUCAUUUGAUACUGGCCUCUUGUGCUUUGUUGUUUGGCCUAGUGUAGCAUAUUCUGUUCCUUUUGAAAAAUGUCUAGAAAUCAUUGUAACCCAGUGUCGUCUUUUCUCUCUAAAACAAAGUCGGCAUCGAUUUGUUGGAGCAAGGUUUAGAAAUCAUCAAAAACCAGGAUUAGGGCUAGCCGGUUGAAUCAUGGCCAAUUUAAGAUCUAGGCUACUUAUAACCAUGGGUAAUACUGCUAGGCCUGGAUUUACCAGGUAUUCUAUUGGUUUCUAUACCUGGAGUAGGAAACAAAGGCUGCACUGUAAUUAUGUUUCAAAGAUAAAUGUGGACGAACCCCAGUGUUUACCGAGUCACAUCCUGUCUUGGCCUAUAUUUUGUAUAGCUGCACUAAAAUGCAACCUCGUCCUCUUGUUGAAGGAAAUGAGCUCGCCGUAUAGACCAAAACUAGUUUUUAAUGUGUUUUUUGUAUGCCUGCAUUGGGUGUGCUGAUACCAUACAUUCUCCCAGUGUAGUUUGUCAUUAGUUAAAGGUCUCAGUGAACAGUGUGUUGCAGCUUUGGAGUUUGUUACAUUUAACUGCAUUAGUCAUAGCUAACCAAGGUAUUAAGCAGCUGUCACCCCAUCUGCACUGGUUUGUUCAUCUGGGUGGAAGGAUUGAGUGUUUAUGAUCUCUUUUCUUUUGCGGGAGGAGCAGUUAUCUUUGUGAAAAGUGGUCUCUGGAGAGAAGCGCUCAUGAAUCUGUUAUCUCUUUGUGUCACUCAGUUUGUCCUUCUUAUUUCCAGUCUUCCAGAGACCACAACCUCAGUGAAGAUAGUGAUUGUAUUAAUUGUAUCAUAAUGAAAACAACUUUUGCACCUUUUUGAGUUUAGCUGAACUUUUAAAUAAUAUUUAUUACCUUAAUUAACAAAGGUAAUGUCACAGCAAAUGGCAUUUGGUGUUUUUAUAUUUUUAUGUAAGUCAAAUUGGAACAUACAUCAAAACAAAUAAUCAGAUAUACAGUACAAGUCAAACGUUUGGACACACCUACUCAUUCAAGGGUUUUUCUUUAAUUUGUACUGUUUUCUACAUUGUAGAAUAAUAGUGAAGACAUCAAAACUAUGAAAUAACACAUGUAAUCAUGUAGUAACCAAAAAAGUUUUAUAUUUACUUGUUUAUUUGAGAUUCUUCAAAGUAUCCACCCUUUGCAUUGAUGACAGCUUUGCACACUUGGCAUUCUCUCAACCAGCUUUAUGAGGUAGUCACCUGGAAUGCAUUUCAAUUAACAGGUGUGCCUUAUUUGUGGAAUUUCUUUCCUUCUUAAUGUGUUUGAGCCAAUCAGUUGUGUUGUGAAAAGGUAGGGUUGGUAUACAGAAGAUAGACCUAUUUGGUAAAAGACCCAAGUCCAUAUUAUGGCAAGACCAGCUCGAAUAGGCAAAGAGAAAUGACAGUCCGUCAUUACUUUGACUGCCCUUCAUGUCAAUCUGAAAAAUUUAAAGAACUUUGAAUGUUUCUUCAAUUGCAGUUGCAAAAACCAUCAAGUGCUACAAUGAAACUGGAAAGGUAGAAUCAGCUACCUCUGCUGUAGAGGAUAAGUUCAUUCAAGUGACCAGUCUUAGAAAUUGCAGCCCAAAUACAUUCUGUACAUGGUUCAAAUAACAGACAUAUCAAAACAUCGACUGUUCAGAGGAGACUGGGUGAAUCAGGCCUUCAUGGUCGAUUUGCUGCAAAUAAACCACUACUAAAGGACACCAAUAAGAAGAUGAGAUUUGCUUGGCCCAAGAAACAUGAGUAAUGGACAUUAGACCGGUGGAAAUCUGUCCAUUGGCCUGAUGAGUCCAAUUUUUAGAUUUUUGGUUCCAACUGUGUCUUUGUGAGACACGAGUAGGUGAACGGGUGAUCUCCGCAUGUGUGGUCCCCGCCGUUAAGCACAGUGGAGGAGCGAUGGUGUGGGGUUGCUUUGCUGGUGACAUUGUCAGUCAUUUAUUUAGAAUUCAAGGUACACUUAACCAGCAUUUCUACCACAGCAUUCUGCAGCGAUACACCAUCCCAUCUGUUUUGCCCUUUGUGGGACAAUCGUUUGUUUUUUUCAGCAGGACAAUGACCCAAAACACACCUCCAGACUGUGAAAGGGCUAUUUGACCAAGAAGGAGAGUGAUUUAGUGCUGCAUCAGAUGACCUGGCCUCCACGAUCACCCGACCUCAACCCAAUUGAGAUGGUUUGGGAUGAGUUGGACCAGAGAGUGAAGGAAAAGCAGCCAACAAGUGCUCAGCAUAUGUGGGAAUUCCAUCAAGACUGUUGGAAAAGCAUUCCUCAUGAAGCUGGAUGAGAGAAUGCAAGAGUUUGCAAACCUGUCAUCAAGGCAAAGGGUGGCUACUUUGAAGAAUCUCAAAGAAACAAUUUUUUUGGUUACUUCAUUAUUCCAUGUGUUAUUUCGUAGUUGUGAUGUCUUCACUAUUAUUCUACAGUGUAGAAAAUUGUCAAAAAAUUAAGAAAACCCUUGAAUGAGUAGGUGUGUCCAAACCUUUGACUGAUACUGUACAUCUAUGCCUACAGCAAUGUACUGAUGGUAUAUCUACAGUUUUUGGACAUCCAAGGUAAUCCAUACGGUUUUAAACCACAAAAUGAUUGUAAAAGACCAAGUACUGCAUAGUGAAAGUCUGAGAAAUGUCCAACAAAUUCCAAUAUAAUUCAAAACAAACAAACUGCUGAAUCAGGUCAUUCUAAUCAUGGGAUGGGUUUGUCACUGAUUUCUUUUAUGAAAGAUAUGUUGUUUCACAGACCUGAAAUAUUUUAUUUAUUCGUUUUAGCAGACACUGUGUAGAUGUCCAAUUGCCAUUUUCUAUCUACGAGUUUUGUGUUCGGAGGCAGAAGUCAGCAUGGUGGUUUUCUUUUCUAAAUAAAUGCAAUUUUUGAA